AACACAAACACAAGCAUGGCGGCCUCCUCUUCAGGAUACAGCAGAAUGCUCUUUAGCCUGAGAAAAUAUACUAAUAAAUCACAAAGUUUGUAUUAUAUUGAUACUUUUAAUUUCAUGAUAAGGACAAUAUGGACAUCCGGAUCAAAAAACCAACUUAAGCCCAAAGUACAGAAAAAAAGUCUUCCACAAAUGGUUGGUGUUGUGGGUCUGGAAAUCCACGCUCAGAUUCAGUCCACAUCAAAGCUCUUUUCUGGAUCUCAUGUUAGAUUCUUGGCUCCACCGAACUCGCUUGUCUCACAUUUUGAUGCUUCGUUACCAGGAACACUGCCAGUGCUGAACAGAAGAUGUGUGGAGGCUGCUGUAUUGACAGGCCUUGCUUUCAACUGUACCAUCAACAGGAAGUCACUGUUCGACAGGAAGCACUACUUUUAUGCAGACAUGCCUGCAGGCUACCAGAUCACUCAGCAGAGGCUUCCCAUAGCAGUGGAUGGAACACUGGUCUAUAGUCUUUUUGAAGGUCGCAGAAGAAAUCAAGUGAUAACCAAGAGUGUAAAAAUCAAACAGAUCCAGCUUGAGCAAGACAGUGGAAAGAGUCUCCAUGAUAAUGAACAGAGCCAGACUCUAAUAGAUCUCAACAGAGCAGGUGUAGGUCUGAUGGAGCUGGUGAUGGAGCCUGAGAUGUGUUGUGGAGAGGAGGCAGCAGCUGCCGUCAGAGAGCUUCAGCUCAUCCUGCAGGCUCUGGGCACCUGCCAGGGCAACAUGGCUGAAGGGCAGCUUAGGGUUGAUGCCAAUGUGUCCGUGCAUCGACCUGGAGAGCCUAUGGGAGUGAGGACAGAGGUCAAAAACAUCAACAGUGUCAGGCACAUGGCCAAAGCCAUAGACUACGAGAUCCAGAGACAGAUGGAGGUUCUGGAGAGCGAUGGGACGGUUCUUAAUGAGACCCGAGCAUUUGACAGCAAAUCUGGUAACACAAUUCCGAUGAGGGAUAAGGAAGGCCUACAGGACUACAGGUUCAUGCCAGAGCCCAACUUGCCGCCACUGUUUGUUUAUGAGAGUGAAGCUUCAGUGCCUGCUGGCGUUGACUCCGCCCAGGUUGUGGUGAUUGACAGGCUGAGUGCCCAGUUGCCAGAGCUGCCGUCUGUGAGGAGAACGAGGCUUGUGGAGACGUACGGUGUUCUGCGAGAACACAGCUUCACGCUGGUGAAUGAGGACGGCCUUAUGGACUACUUUGAGAGUGUUGUUCAGAUGACCAAGGUAGAACCGAGGAAGGUGAUUGGCUGGGUGAUGAAUGAGCUGAUGGGAAAUCUGAAUCUUCAGAGUCUGAAAGUCUCUCAGAGUCCCAUCUCUCCAUGUGCUCUUGCUGAGCUGAUCAAUCUUGUGGAAUCUGGUCACAUCUCAUCCUCGACUGCCAAACAAGUUUUCCAGGAGAUGUGGAAGGCUACAGAGAAGACUGUGGGCCAGAUAGUGAAGGAGCAGGAUUUGUGGAUGAUAAAUGACAAAGAAGAGCUACGAAAGAUCUGUCAGAGGAUCGUGGACCGUCACACUGAGGAGGUUCAGAUUAUCAGAGGGGGUAAUAAGAAAGUACUGAACAAAUUAAUGGGUGAGGUUCAGAGAGAAACUAAAGGCAGAACUGACCCGGUCCAAGUCAGAGCCAUUCUAGAGGAAAUGAUCUCAUGAACUGCCCAGCAUGCCUAUUUUGUGGGUUAAUGGUGUCUUCUGGUAAAGCAGCUUAAUGGAGCAAUGGAAUUUACAUUUAAUAGCCUCUAUACAAACGUUCCAGAAAGGUGUCUCCACUGUAAAAUAUAUUCAUCAAACAUUUUGAUAAACAAAAGUGUUUCAUGCAACA